AUGAUGCGCCCACGGCCCGCGUCUUCCAUGCAGAAGACAUACGAUGAGUGCUAUCUUCUAUGCUCGACUGCCGUCUAUUUCGAGGGACAGAACAACGAAGAGGAAGCAUUGAGGUCCUGGAGAUCCGCCCUCGAGACUAUCUACCACCACAAUGCUCGCCGAGUAUCAUCCACCUACACCCCGAAAUCCGAAACCGAAAAGGCAUUGCAGGAUUCUAUCCGAGCCUUGGAGGCUCAGUGCCGUGAACGAGUCGACCUACUGUCUGCCUUGCGCGAAAGCCGGAAAGAGUCGUCCGAGGCAAACGGCGGUGACAAGGCCGCGACUUUGACGAAGGCCAGGCAUGCCUUGAGCUUCUCCCAACCAUCCUCCAGCAACAACACCCCCGGGUACAUCGCAGGCGGCACAAUCCCAGCUGUGGGCUAUACAGAUCUCUCCAAACCGGCCGCCAUACCUGGCCGACAUCCGCCACCGCCAAAGCAUCACUUCGAGUCAGUUUCCUAUUUCGACGACUCUGUGCAAUCGGGCCUCUCGCCGGCCGGCUCACCUGCCAUGCGGAUGAACUCGAAUGCAUCGGAGAAGGAAAAGUCGCGUGGUUCCAGUCCCGAGCGACGGAAGCCGAUGCUGACGACCUUGCGCUCCGCCGAGGGGAAGAAGAUGACCAAAAAAUCUAAAGUGAAUUCUAAGAAGAAGGAGUCGCGGCCGGCCGCCUCCACAGCAGCGGGCCUGGCAUGGGGCAGCACCCUCCGGUCUGGGUCGGGGGAGAAGGCUGUCAGCGAUGCGGCCGCCAUAGCGUCUUCACGAAGCGCUGCCAAUGCGGAGCCAAGGACUAGCUCUGGGGAUGAACCCUUAAUGGCGAGAAACAAAGUCGUCCGGAGAGAUUCCGCUACGGAUCGAAUUCCUGCUGCACAUUGGCGCGAGCCCCAACCAGCAUCACCGAGCCGGUCAUCACCCAGGCCUGCUGCACACCUUCCUGUCCGCCAGCCCGUGGCUUCGGAAAGCCGUAGGCCGAUUCCAUCGGUCUCGGUGGCAAUGCCAGAGCCUAGAGACUUUACAUCACCGCCUUCUCCCGUUCAUAAACCAUCUGUCAAACCUAAGCCCGCGGGUUUGAGAUCCUCUCUUCAGCCGCCACCUCGCGCGACCCCGGCCGCUUCUAGAUCGGAGGGUAGCUCUAGACCGUCAACGCCCCGCCAGGAUCGAGAUACAAAUACCACGAGAAGCAUUCCGCGGACGAAAUCUGCGCCACGGGUCACCAAAGUUGAGCAACCUACUUCUAUACAACCAUCAUCAAGUAGCGAGAAUGUUCAGCGUGGGGCCAAUUCGAUGCCCGGUCCAGCGAAUGGUAACAGUGCAACACGUCGGAAACUCCCUCCAGUCAAGCGACGAGAGACUCCGCCGUCGAGUGACCAGGACUCUUCGGGCCACCGUUCCACAGACGACGCAGAGGAUGAGGACGAAGGUGACAACGAUGAUUACCUAAAGAUUCUGAAUAAACUACCAAAAGGCGUGGAUCUGCAAUCGGCAAGACAGAUCCUCAAUGAUAUCGUUGUACGUGGCGACGAGGUGCACUGGGAGGACAUUGCUGGGCUGGAACCUGCGAAGAAAGCGCUUAAAGAAGCAGUGGUAUAUCCAUUCCUUCGUCCUGAUCUAUUUUCUGGUUUGCGAGAGCCCGCAAGAGGCAUGUUACUCUUUGGACCGCCAGGCACGGGUAAAACAAUGCUUGCCCGAUCUGUCGCCACUGAGUCAAAGUCAACCUUCUUUUCUGUAUCAUCAUCCAGCCUCACGUCGAAAUGGCACGGAGAAAGCGAAAAGCUUGUGCGCGCUUUAUUCGGAUUGGCCAAAGUUCUUGCCCCCUCAAUCAUUUUUGUCGAUGAAAUCGACUCUCUGCUAUCUGCGCGGUCUUCUGGCUCCGAGAAUGAAGCAUCUCGUCGAUCCAAGACCGAGUUUUUGAUCCAGUGGUCAGACCUUCAACGUGCUGCCGCUGGCCGAGAACAGUCGGCCCGCGACAAGAAAGAGGGCGACGCUAGCCGUGUCCUCGUAUUGGCUGCAACCAAUAUGCCAUGGGAUAUUGAUGAAGCUGCACGCCGCCGAUUUGUUCGUCGGCAGUAUAUUCCCCUACCGGAACACCAUGUUCGUGAGCAGCAAUUACGCACCCUCCUAAGCCAUCAACACCACGAGCUGAAUGAUGCGGAUAUCGAGGUCUUGGUUCAUGUAACAGACGGCUUCUCCGGCUCAGAUAUAACGGCCCUAGCCAAAGAUGCCGCCAUGGGCCCCCUCCGCAACCUCGGGGAAGCUCUCCUCCAUACACCCAUGGAUCAGAUUCGGGCGAUUAGAUUCCAAGACUUCGAAUCAAGUCUUUUUUCGAUUCGACCCAGUGUCUCUCCAGACGGGCUUAAAAAGUAUGAAGACUGGGCCAAGGAGUUUGGCGAAAGAGGUGGUUAG